AUGGAUACUUUGGUUGAUAUCAGUGGUUGCGCUGAUAGGGAUGUUGUGAAAUAUGUAUCUCAGUCGUUUAAAGGAGAAGCACUAGCUUGGUGGAGGUCUCUAAUCCAGACUACUGGGAAGAUCCCGUUGUACAAUCUGUCUUGGGAUCAGUUUAUCGCUUUGAUCAAGGAGAAUUACUGUCCUCAACAUGAAGUUGAGAAGAUCGGGACCGAUUUCCUGACAUUGGUUAUGAAGAAUUUGGACUGUCAGGCAUAUUUAACAAGUUUUAAUACCAUGUCUCGAUUGGUUCGAUAUCUGGUGACACCAGAACCGAAACGGAUAGCUCAUUUCAUUGGGGGUUUAGCCCCGGAGAUCAAAGCCAGUGUAAAGGCAUCCCGACCUACUACCUUUAGGUCUGUAGCUGAUUUUUCAUUGUCUCUUACCCUUGAUGCGGUCAGGCAGAGAUCGCUUAGGAAUUCUGAUGCUGAGAAGAGAAAACGUGAGGAUGAUAACUCGCACCGUUCUGACAAGAUGCACAAAGGGAACUCUGACCACAAGAAGAGUUCAGGGUUCAAGAAAGAUGACCAACAGUUAGGUGAGAAGUCCAAGUGUAAAAUCUGUAAAAAGCGCCAUUUGGGAAGGUGCAGAUAUGAAUCCAAGUCCCAAUCACAGCCAAGAGCUUGUGGAAUCUGUAAGUCUUCUGAGCAUAAGACGUUGGAAUGUAAGAAGAUAAAGGAUGCGACGUGCUAUAACUGUAACGAGAAGAGGCACAUCAAGUCUAACUGCCCAAAGUAUACGAAGAGGACUAAAGAUGGGAAGAAGACCAUUGCUAGGGUCUUCCAGAUGAAUGCACGGGAAGCAGUUCAGGAUGAUAACAUGAUAAUAGAACCCUAA